GAAGCGAAACCAACCAGCGCAUCAACAACAGCCAGCAGUGCCCACUCCAAUGGUGUCAAACUGUUCUGAAAAACGUGGAGAUUUUACAGGAAUACUUGGAGAAACCUAUACAUUUCAUCUGGGACGGGAGUGUAACAGAACCGGAAUGAGAUUGAUGUGAAGUUUUUGGAGAGUUUCGCCGAUAAAAAGCAGUAAAGGACUUCACGCACUUGCUUCUUCCUGGUGCCAUCGCUGUUGUUGCUACUGAACGUCAAGCGAACAGACCCCACGAUGUCCGGGGUGUGUUUUAGUGCGAGCUGGGCCCAAGAAAGACGUGGAAGCAAGAGGUAAACAACUCAACGUGAUAGUGGGCGCUGCAUGAGCCUAUUUUAAGAUGGCCCUAAGUUCAGACGGCUGGACGGAGCUCUCUGCGCACGCACUGGACACUGCUGCUGUACCCAGUCAGUAUGGGGCAUCGGAGGGUCUUCUGUGCGGGCAAACCGUGCUCAUGUCGGUGCGGGUGUCGGUCUGUCACUCCGGUAUUCGCCCGCUGUGUUUGCCCGGAGCAGGGGAUGAGUCACUCCGCCUGCAGCUCAGCAUGGACCCGGGGAAGUUUGGGGAAUUCCGCCUCUCGCUCCAAGAGAGUAGCAGUGACACGGGCCGGAGCAUGACCAUUGCCACAUUUGACAUGAGAGCUGUAAACUAUGAGGUAAAGUCUCCAAAAUGUCAUGAGCUGAGUUUGAGAGCACCGCCGCAUGAUCGGAUUAGCUUCAACUUUCGUUGUGAGCAGGAGGCCCAGAAGUGGGCCACUGUGAUUCUGUCAUCUCUAAGAGAAGCCCACAGAGUUUUACCUCAAGGUAAUGAUGAAAGUGCUCCCCGGGAUUCGAACACCACUGUCCUGCAACAAACAGAGGACGCAUGCAUUCAGCUGACCAGAGCCAUUGAAGCAGGUGAUCUUCAGGCUGCUUCAACAUUCGCUGCCACUCUUGCACGACAACAUGUCACUGUCAAGAUUCAGCCAUCUGCCAGAGACGUGGAGGACUGUGAAAUAAAUUUGACUGUUGUGGUUGAAGAUAGCGCCUCAUCUUGCUGCAUGACUGUGAAAGUAUUACCUCAUAUGCACACAGCAGCACUCAAACAACAGAUGUUUUUUGAGUAUGGUUUUCACCCAAGGGUCCAGCGCUGGGUGAUUGGACAGUGCUUGUGUGCAGACCAGCGUUCUUUGGCCUCAUAUGGGGUUCGCCAAAAUGGUGAUACUGCCUUCCUCUACCUCCUGUCCGCACGCCACGCUUGCCUCACCCCUCAGGUCUUCCAGAGGGACCAGGAGAGCGUCCUGCUGCAAAGUCCCCCGUCUUCGUUUUCCAAUGGUCCCUCAUCUCAAAACCAGCAGGCUUACAACACUUUGCCUUCAAGACUGAAUAAAAGCUGCAAUAUUAAUGGAUCAGAGAAAGAGCGUGUUAGUGAUAUUAAAAAUCUUAUCAACUUGGAGAUGCCUCAACUUAAUGAAGCACUGAACCUGAAUACAGCUGCUAACCAGCAGGGCUGGUCAUGCCCUUCUUGCACUUACAUUAACAAACCGACUCGUCCCGGCUGUGAGAUGUGCAGCACAAACCGUCCAGAGAGCUACACGGUCCCAGGAGGGUACCGGCCCGACCCUAUGGAAGUGAAACGGAUCCAACAAGAGAAGGAGGCCAUCAGACAAUACCAGCAGGCCAGAGAAGAGGAGCGCCGGGAGAACUUUGCCCGUCUGGUGAUGUUGGACGGUCAGGACCUGGUGCCUAACCCUGAACCAGUGGACUGUAGAAUCUGCUUUUGCGAGCUGCAGCCUGCAGAGGGCGUCCUGCUCAGAGAGUGCCUGCACUGUUUUUGCAGAUCCUGCCUGCGCUCUGUCAUCAUGCUGAGCGAGGAGCCGGAGGUGUCCUGUCCCUACAGAGAUGACACGUACGCUUGUGCCUGUUCACUACAGGAGAGAGAAAUCAGAGCUUUGGUGUCUGUAGAGGAGUACGAGCGCUGGCUGCAGAGGGGUCUUGCUGUGGCUGAAUCUCGCUGUGAGGGGAGUUACCACUGUGCCACAGCGGACUGUCCUGGCUGGUGUGUGUAUGAAGACACUGUCAAUGUGUUUCACUGCCCAGUCUGCAGGAAACACAACUGCCUCAUCUGUAAGGCGAUUCAUGAAGGAAUGAACUGCAAGCAGUACCAGGAUGAUCUAGCCACUCGUGCAAUAAAUGACUCUGCCGCCAGAAGAACAACACAUCUAUUAAAGACACUAGUGCAGUCCGGUGAGGCAAUGCACUGUCCACAGUGUGGUAUCAUAGUCCAAAAGAGGGACGGAUGUGAUUGGCUGCGUUGCACUGUCUGCCACACAGAGAUCUGCUGGGUGACUCGGGGGCCUCGCUGGGGGCCGAAGGGUCCGGGAGACACGAGUGGAGGAUGUCGCUGCAAUGUUAAUAACCAAAAAUGCCAUCCAAGAUGCCAGAACUGCCACUGAGAUUCACAGGAGUUAAUCAUGUAAGGGAAAAGACGGUACCUAAAUAAAUAUCUACCGUAAAUGUAUUUAAGACAAUUUCACCAUUUUACGACACUGAAAAACACUUCACUUAUUACUAUUUGACUGUAUAAGACAAGUUUGAAUAUUUGAAUGCAUGUCGACCGAAAUUCAAAUCCUCACUUAGGAUCCACAUUCAGAAAGUGAGUCCUAUUCUGGACCUUUAAGAUCCUGCACAACGGACCCCUUUGUUUGAAUGUAAUCUGAUUUGACAGUCCUGGUUGUACAUUUGCCACAAAGGUAGUAAUCUUGCACAAUAAGCACAAGACCCUUAAGUGACCUUACAGCGCACAGUUUGACUGUUUCAGAUAAAUAUAGUGACAGAGAUGCCCUUACUGCACAGAUGAGUGUUUUAUGCCACAGUAUGACUGACUUCUUGUGUGCCUUAUCAUACAUCUAUUCCCACACAUUUUCCCCUUUUAUCAUUUGUGCAGUGUUCAUGUUUUUAUGGCAUUAAUUUCUGAGCAGCUUUGAUACUAAGAUUAAACUGUCAUAUGUUGAGCAUUACUGAGAAUAUGUUUCAUUUGUAUUUAUGUUUAAGAUGUGUUAAUUAUUGCUUUGUGUUUAUUGUACACAAAUUAAAAUGAGUUUGCCUGUGGGGUCAUUACAAAGACAUAAGGCACUGUUAUAAUAAAAUAUCUGUUGAUCAUAACAACC